AUGCCGUUCCACAAUCCAUUGGCGAAGCAACCCGAGUCGUACGUCAAGAAGAAGGAGUAUGACUUUAAAAAGACGCUCGGAGAAGGCACAUUCGGCAUCGUUCGCCAAGCAACGUGGAAGGCAGCGGAUCCGCCCAUCAAUGUGGCGGUCAAGGUGAUCAGCAAGCGCAUCCUGCGCGGUCACGACGAGAUUGUCAAGGACGAGAUGAACGUGCUCAAGGGUCUCGAUCAACCGCACGUUGUCAAGUUUCUCGACUGGUUCGAAAGCAAGGACAAGUACUACCUCGUGUUUGAAGAGGCGACCGGCGGCGAACUCUUCGAGCGCAUCUUGGAACGCGGCCGAUUCACAGAGCUGGAUGCGUGUAAAACGAUCCGUGCGGUGCUCUCGGCGAUCCAAUAUCUACACCACCACAACAUUGUUCACCGCGACAUCAAGCCGGAAAACAUCCUGUACCGAACCAAGGAAGAAGAUGCCAACGUGGUGUUGGUCGACUUUGGAAUCGCGGCGCAUAUGAAGAGCGACGAGGAGGUGCUGACGUCGGUGUGCGGCAGCUUUGGCUACGCUGCGCCCGAGAUCCUCGCCAAGAAGGGACAUGGCAAAGCGGUGGAUAUGUGGAGCUUGGGUGUCAUCACGUACACCAUGCUCUGCGGCUACACGCCGUUUCGCUCGGACGACGCGGCGGCGCUGGCGGCCGAAACGCAGCGCGGCAAGGUCGAGUUCCACGAUCGAUACUGGAAGAACGUCAGCAAGGAAGCCAAGGACUUUGUCAAAUCGUGUCUCACCGUCGACCCCAAGAAACGGCUCACUGCGGACCAGGGCAUGUCACAUCCAUGGCUCACCGAGCACAGCGAGGAGACACAGGGCGUGCACGACAUCUCGGCUGGAUUGCGCGAGAACUACCGAAAGCGCUGGAAGUCGGCGAUCGCGGCGGUGCGUGCGUCGACCAAGUUCCGCACAUUUGCGCAGCUGGCGAGCGAGAGCCGCUCGGAAAGCCAGGCUUCUUUGCAGACGUCGGGUGUCUCUUCGGAUUCAUCUUCGGCGUUUGCAGACGAGGCAGGCAAGAUCUCACCGCCUACCAAGCGCGAGCUGUACAGCGAGAGCGAGGACGAACAGGACGGAGACGCCAGCGAGUGGUUCGAUACCGAGGACGGCGAUGCGGCUGCGACAAAGGGCCGUGACGCAGGGAAUACGGAAGCUUCAUCAAAGAACUCGAUGUCUCUUGUAAUUUAUGCCGAGCCGUGUCGUCUCACUCGUUGGUGUCUGGUCCGUCCCCACGUCUUUUUGAGCGCAUCCGAAAUUCCACGUUGCGUCAGAAAUCGAGCGCAAGAAUUCAGGCAGUUUAAAAUAAAUAAUUCUACAGCGGCGACAAAAAGUGAGACCGACACGCGGACGGUGCAGCGAGUACGUCUGACGAACGACUCGAUUCCUAUGCGCGUCAUCAGUAAAGUGGGCGCGCCGGUCAUCCGAAGAAAUCACAGCAAUCAGCUGUCGCUCUUUGCAUUUUCUUCGCGUCUUCAAAGCUCGAGGCGGUACACAAUGCUCCGAACGCCAAGCUCUCGGAGCCACAAUCUCUCCAGCGAGCUCACCAACGCAGAACUUGUGGCUGACAUUGCAGCCAGAUGA